AUGGAUGCCAAUCAAACACACGUGCUAACUUUGUGUACCUUGUCAUAAAUUGUAAGGCAUGUACGCAUCUGUAGUAAACUACAUGUAAGCUGCAGUUGAAGAGAUGGCGCAUGCCGUCGGACCCGUAGUAAGCGCCCAUAGUCUCGGGACGAUGCUGCUGAUGCUGCCGCUACCGUUGCUGCCGCUGCUGAUGAUGAUAUUGCUGCUGCUACUCUUCAAGUCGUCCAGCUGCUCGAAACGAACAGAACGUCGUAGCCGCUUGCCACAUUCGUCGACCUUGAGGUCUUUUGGUGUUCAGCACUGGCUGCCCACACUUGGCACCCCUGUCUUGUUUUGGAUAACUUGUCAGUUGUCGAGUUUGUCCGCUGGCAGCGCUAGAGCAAGCUUCUGCUGCAGCCGAUUCAAAACGGAUCGAUUGGCCUCUGUUUGGCUGCAUCUAUUCCUAGUUGCAUCUGAUGUGGUCCAGUGGUUGCGGCCGAGGCCAGCACCACUCCGGACCUCGCUUUACAUAAUGUGCCCCCGGUUGUCUGGGUCUUGGGAUCCAGCUGCCUGGGAUGCGCUAUUCCAUGCACCACUAGCAUUGAUAGAAGCAGAAGCGGGAUAUAAAAGCGUAUAGCCGAGUGCUGUACGGAUAUAGGCUUGUGAUGCCAUCACAACUCGGCAUGGAUGCUUCGUAAUACUGAACAAGCAUGUCUGCAGUGGGCACCGCGUGUAUCGAGAAUGUUCCGUGGCGCCUCUCUAAUUGUAUACUGACGUGAGAUACUGUGGAGCAGCGGUUGUACGUGCUCGUACAGUACAGACAGUAUGGGAGCCCUG